AUGAUAUCCUCAAGCUCCUCAACGAAGACUGUGUUAGAUGAAUUUGAUGUUGGCGUUCAAUCGGAAUGCGGCAAACUUGAUAUUGUACUCAUGCAUCGACCUGGCAAAGAACUUCUAUGUCUUUCCGAACACAAUCUCCAUCAAUAUCUCUACGACGCACUUCCAAACAUCAACGAAACUCAUCGAUCACACGACAUCUUUUCACAAUAUCUUCGUGACCAUGGUAUUCACGUUCUCUAUCUUACUGAUCUAUUGCGUGAAACACUUGUUGCAAGUGCAGAAGCACGACAUCAACUCAUCAACGAAAUUGUUGAUACUCAAAACCAAAACGCAUCUGUACUUCAACAAUGGUUACUUGAUCGAGCUCCGGAACAAUUAGCACAAGAUGUUAUCGUUGGCGUUGCUUGUUCACAAGACGAACUUGGCACAUCUCAACAUGCACAAGAACUUCUCCGAACGGUGCAACCAAGUAAGGAAUAUCUCAUCCAGUCAUUGCCAAAUCUUUUAUUCAUCCGUGAUGGAUUCUCUAUCAUUGAAAAGAAUGUUUUUAUUUGGAAAAUGAACAAAUCGUCUCGACGAAACGAACCAUUUCUUCUACGCACAAUCUUUCAACAUCACCCACAGUUGUCUACAAGCGGAUUGAAGGUCAUCGAAUGGCAAACGAAGAAAGGUGAAAACAACAACAAUGAUGGUGAGAUGCCAACAAUCGAAGGUGGCGAUGUUGCAUACAUUGGUGAUGGUACAGUGAUGAUUGGAUGCAGCGAAAGGACAAAUCGUGCCGGCAUUGAAGCAGUCACUCGAACAGGAUUAUUUCGUCAAAUAAUUGCCAUCGACAUUCCACAUAAUCGAUGUUACAUGCACUUAGAUACGAUAAUCAGUUCGGUUGGAAAUGGCGCAUUUACACUGUAUGGACCUUUAGCCGACAAUAUGGAGGUAUUUACAUUGGAGAAGAAAGGUGACGAAGUAAAAUGGAUAUCACACGGCUGUAAAGUUCGCGAAGCUCUCAUUAAAGUUCUGGAUAAUCGAGAUUUAGUGUUUUACGAUGCUGUAGAUAAAGAAACGUCAUUGAAUGAACAACGUAAUUGUCGAUACAACGUUGUUGUUAUCGAUCGUAAUCACGUAGUAACAUAUUCAGGUAGCGACGCUAAAAACGGAAUCGUUGCACAAAUGACGCGCAAUAAUGCAUGCCGUGUUGGUGAAAUACCACCUCAAGGUUUAUUCGAAGGUGGUGGCGGUGUCCACUGUAUGACAAAUGCCUUACGACGACGUUCCGUCAAUUGA